AUGGAGGAGGAAUACGACGAUGAGGCUUGGGGUGGUCGCAAAACUCAACCAAACGAAGAUGGAGAUGGCCACGAAGAACCGCUUGAAAACCCGAAGGAGGUCCUCAAAGAGUGUCUGUCCACGUUCUCUAGCACAGACUAUAUCAUGGAGCCGACGAUAUUCGCACUUCUGAAGCGCUAUUUCCAAGCAGGGGGUACCCCUGAACAGGUCAUCAAUCAGGUAUCUGUCAACUACACGGCGGUAGCACAGAUGGCAAAUCUGCUCGCUGAGUGGCUGAUCCUGGCCGGCGUUCGCGUCACUGACGUACAGGCCAUGGUGGAGAACCACCUGAAAGACAUGAUUCUCAAAACGUUCGAUCCAAAGAAGGCGGAUAAAAUUUUCACCGAAGAGGGCGACACGCCCGGGUGGCUGACAGAGAUGAUUGAACACCAUACAUGGCGAUCGCUCAUUUACCGCCUGGCAGAGGAGUACCCGGAUUGUCUAAUGCUGAACUUUACCAUCAAGCUCAUUUCGGACGCCGGGUUUCAGAGCGAGAUAACGUCCAUCUCGACCGCAGCUCAGCAAAUUGAGGUAUUUUCGCGGGUUCUUAAAACGGCAAUCGCCAAGUUUCUUAGCCAUCCGGAGGACUGGCAGGGGGCAAUGGAGGAAGUUGCCAAGAUGGUUUGUCAUGGGCAGCACACCUACGUCUACAGUCAGGUGUUGAUACAGGUACUGUCGCAGGAACCGAAGGGUGGCUUCAUAAUGAAACGACUCUCACAGGAAAUUACCAAGUACGCACUCAAAAACAACCAUAACGUAACACCCAUAACAAUGGCGCUGAAUGGUUCAUCAAGGCACCCGCAAGCAUGUGAAGCACUCACCUCAAUGCUGUCCCGGAACACGUUAAACCCGGCCGAUAUAACGGUGUUGUUUAGAAACUACUCCUCCCAGGAGCCGCCCCCGAUCGAUCUGAUACGCAAUCCGCAGUUUCUUGACCUGCUCGUAGACUCAUUGUUCAAGGUGGGCGUGAAAAUCAAUCAAGAACACAAGUCGAAGUAUAUCUAUCUGCUCGCCUACGCAGCCAGUGUAUGCGAAACUUCCAGCAAGAAAGGGCAAGGCAAGGGCGCAGCGUCCGCCGUGGGCAUAGCGGGUUCGACACACCGACAAACCAACAAAGAUGAACUAAAGGCGACAAUCGGUGCCAUUGAGAAAGUGCACGAGAUUUGCAACGUGAGCCGCGGCUCGAGCGAACUGGUGGGCGACAUCUCAACUCUAUACAACUGCAUCCGCUUUCCGGUGGUCGGCGUCGGUGUGAUCCGUUGGGUAGAGAACACGGUGACGGAGGCGUCCUACUUUAAGCUGUGCACCGAAAGCUGCCCACUGCAUCUGGCACUUCUAGAUGAGGUGUCCUGUGUGCAUCCAUCGCUCCGCGAUCAGAUCCUUCGGCUGUUGAUCAAGUUGUUCGAGUCAAAGCAGGACGAGCUAGAGAUCCUGGUGCAGCUGGAGAUGAAGAAGAUGCUGCUCGACCGGAUGAUUAAUUUGUUGGCGUGUGGCUGUGUGGUUCCGGUGGUGAAGUACAUUAGCCAGUGCUGCAUACGGGGCGAUACGGAUAUCUCGCUCAUACGGUACUUUGUAACUGAGGUGCUGGAAACGAUCACACAUCCGUACUCGGCCGAGUUUGUGCAGCUGUUUUUGCCGAUGGUCGAAAACGAGGAGAUUACCGGCUCGAUGCGUGGCGAAGGUGACAACGAUCCCGUGUCCGAGUUCAUCGUGCACUGCAAGGCGCAUUACACGACCUUGUAAGGAGAGAGAGAUGCAGCAACGCCUUAUUAGAGUAAUAUAGCGUUUUACCAUACCGCGUACCGCAGCCGCUGUACCAGAUGUACCGUUCAUCACGAUUUAAUGCGAUUGCCUUAAGGUUUUGUACUAGGUAAUUGAAGAUCAAAACGGCAUCAUAUUGUAUAUUUGCCUUUAAUUAUGUAUUUUUGCGCAAAUCAUUAAUCAUCUGAAGUGAUUAAU